CAAAUUUUGAUAUGAAAAUAUCAUCUAUACCAUUUUUCAUAUUUUCCUUUAACAAAGACAAUGUUCAUACAACUUUUUUCACCAAAAAAAUCAAGAUUAUAACAAAAUGUUCUGACUUCCCUAUCUUAUCCGAUUUGUUUUGACGUGUGGAAUAACAAAUGUCGUAGAACAUUUUGUUAUAAUCUUGAUUUUUUUGGUGAAAAAAGUUGUAUGAACAUUGUCUUUGUUAAAGGAAAAUAUGAAAAAUGGUAUAGAUGAUAUUUUCAUAUCAAAAUUUGAGUUUACCACUGUUUCUGCUUGAUCUGAACUUUCAGGCGUUUAUAUAAACAAAACUAAACUUAGAAUAAAUUUUGUUCUAUCUGUUACUGGAUGGUCGAAUGUAUUGCUUAUAUAAAAGAGAAAAACAAGACAAAAUGUGUGCAUGGAAAGGAGGAAAGAGAGGAGAAAUAAAGCAAAAGUAACAAAAUAGAAAAAUAAAAAAUUUACUAAAAGAAAUCGUUGAGAUUGUGGUCACACUUGAAAAGCUCAAAAUGGAAUUAUAAGAACCCCGCUGUCGGCGUCGUCUUGAAAUUCUGCAUAUACCAGCUUAGUUUCAUCAAGUUCGGUCCGACGUGGACCUUGCACUUAAUUUUCUAAUGCACCACAUUAGUUUACUCAGGCUUCAUGUCGUUCGCAAAAUUGUCGGUGCAUCGUGCAUUUUUAACUAAAUUUAUUUCUUAUUAUUAUAAAAUAUUCCUUUUCAAAAAUCUUUUUUGGUUUCUUUUGGAGUUUUGCGUUAGUGAUUUCUGAGAUAUUAAUUUUAUGAUUGGAUUAACGAAGAAUAUAUGUUACUGCUAGAUUUUUCAUUUUCAGACUAUAUGGUAUAAUGCCGUGUAUAUCUACACUGCGAGUACAAGCACCUUACAAUAACUGUCAUUCUGCCACCAUUUUAGUUCAUCAACUUGGUGGUAAUCAACCUGGUCGUCCUCAAUUAAUAAAUCCUGUUACAUUAUUUAAAUUUGUUCAGUUUUUUGACCAGCUAGAUUUAUGCGAUCAAUUCAUUAAUCAUAAUGAUAAUCAAAACAAAUCAAUAUCAUUAUUUACAUCAGGCGAAAAUAUUUUACAAAUGGGUGGCUAUUUAAGUCCUGUUAAUAGGCAGAUCACAAAUGCGAAUGUGUUUUGUAUGAAUACUGCUGCCAUUAUGACUACAGAAACGUGGAAAAAUCAAAAUGGUUAUGACAAAUUACACAAUAUUUUUAAUGCAAACAAAUUAGAAGAAGAAUUAAUCCAUUUUGGUAUUCGUUAUUGUAAGAUACUUAGAGAUGAAAAUAUGAGAAAUAAUAGGCGUGCAGAAGCACAAACGAACCAGUAUGAUGCAUUGCAGUUAAUCGUAGCGCUAGGUAUCAGCUUACAAACUUUCAUGGACGAACUUCCGGAUAAUGAUACGGCUGAACAGCCAUUCGAAUACCCGUUAUAA